AUGAAGAAUACUAUAUCGAUCGCCUUUCAAAAUUUAGGUAUUGGGACACAGAAAGACGAUCCUACAAAUACCCUUUUACCGUCACCGAAGUUAAAAGGAAGUGUAAUGGUUUCGUUGACUCUACGACCGUUGAGGAGAUUAGCCAGAGCUGGAAUUUAUACAAAGCGGUUACAAAAGGCUUCCUUUUCUUCGUCAAGAGCUAAAAAGGUAAAUUAUGCAGCUCGCUCGUCAGCAGAGUGCACUUCAGGGUCGAGGGGUCCUCGCGAGAUUCAGCAGAAGGCAAAGUUAACGUACCUGAAGGAACGUCGAGUGAAGGGGAAGAGCGAGGACGGAAAGGGGUCACACAUAUUAUGGAAUAGUAACGGGGACACGUGCUAUCGGCAGAGAGGGACGGAUUCACUGAACGUCCUUGGCGAGGGGGCGCGCGGGGCGCCUGCGGCAUCAGACGUUUCAAUCAUCCCCGGGGGAGGGAGACGGAGCUAUGGUCUCGGCCGGCGGCGGGACCGAGAUGCGCGAUGCCGUGCUAUUGACCGGCUCGCAGACCACGCCCACCCGGGCGAGGGGGCGCUCCGAUGCUCCAAGUGA